GCAGAGGUUGCAGUGCAGCACUGGAAGCUGACACCCGUCUUGUGUGGACGGAUCGCGACCUUGUGAUCACCAUGCUCGGUUCAGGAAGCGCACGUUCCCUCUGAUGUAGAAGUUAACCAUGCAAGGCGUGAGGAAAGACCAAGUGGAUGCAUCCAAUCACUUAAAUAACUUUUUUAUGAUGGAUUCGCCAAUCAGUCCGUGAUGACUCCGUGGCCGAGGAGGUGAGCUCCGUGGGAGCUGGCCGGGCUGUCUCAUCAUUAUUCACGCCCCGGGAGCUUUGGGCUGGGUGCUGUCCAGCACGCCUCCUUGAAAAGCUGUGUGAGAUCUUUGGAGGGAGGGUAUCCUGUCUCAGUCUCCUGGCGAACGCCCUGGCGGAAAGCCCCGUAGGAGCUGAAACAUGAGGGUCCCUGUGCCACUGCUGCUGCUGCUCCUGUGGGAGGCCCACAGCCACGCGGCCUCGAGGCCCAACUUCGUCCUGCUGAUGGCCGACGACCUUGGCAUCGGAGAUCCCGGUUGCUAUGGCAACAAGACGCUCAGGACGCCCAAUAUCGAUCGGUUGGCUGAAGGAGGGGUGAAGCUCACCCACCACCUGGCCGCUUCACCCCUGUGCACACCAAGCAGGGCAGCCUUCAUGACAGGCCGGUACCCCAUCCGAUCAGGAAUGGCGUCUGAGUCCCUCAUGGGGGUGUUUAUCUUCUCCGCCUCUUCUGGAGGACUUCCCACCAGUGAGAUUACCUUUGCCAAGCUUCUCAAGAAUCAAGGGUAUUCGACAGCUCUGAUAGGCAAGUGGCACCUUGGGACAAACUGUCACCACAAGACAGAUUUUUGUCACCAUCCCUUGAGCCACGGCUUUGACUAUUUCCACGGGAUCCCCGUGACCAACCUGCGAGACUGCAAGCCGGGGGAAGGCAGCGUCUUCACCGGGGGCAUCCGGGUGGUGGUGUUCAUCCCCGUGCAGAUUAUCGCCGUCACUCUCCUCACCCUGGCGGUGCUCAGGUUCCUGGGGCUGGUGCACGUGCCCGUCGGGGUCUUUGUCUUCCUCCUCUGCCUCGCCGCCAUGAUCCUCGGCCUUCUGGUGUGCUUCCUGCAUUACUUCCGGCCCCUGAACUGCUUCCUGAUGAGGAACCGCGAGAUCACCCAGCAGCCCUUGUCCUACGACAACCUCACGCAGAGGCUGACGGCCGACGCGGCCCAGUUCAUGCGACGGCACGCCGGGACGCCGUUCCUCCUGGUCGUGUCGUACCUGCACGUGCACACGGCCCUCUUCUCCUCCAAGGACUUCGUCGGCAAAAGCAAACACGGCGCUUACGGCGACGCGGUGGAGGAAAUGGACUGGAGCGUAGGGCAAAUCUUGGAUGUCCUGGAGGAGUUGAAACUGGCUAAUGACACUCUCGUCUACUUCACGUCGGACCAAGGAGCCCACGUGGAGGAGGUGAGCACCAAGGGAGAAGUCCACGGAGGCAGUAACGGCAUCUAUAAAGGGGGAAAAGCCAACAACUGGGAAGGCGGUAUCCGCGUCCCCGGCAUUCUGCGCUGGCCGGGGGUGAUCCAGGCUGGGCUGCAGAUCGACGAGCCCACGAGCAACAUGGACGUGUUUCCCACGGUGGCCAAGCUCGCCGGAUCGCCGCUGCCCGAGGACAGGAUCAUCGACGGACGGGACCUGAUGCCGCUGCUUCAGGGGAAGACCCAACACUCGGAUCACGAGUUUCUCUUCCACUACUGCAACUUCUACUUAAACGCCGUGCGCUGGCGCCCUCGGAACAGCACGUCCGUCUGGAAGGCCUUCUUCUUCACGCCCAAGUUCAGCCCCGAGGGUGCUAACGGCUGCUUCUCCACGCACGUGUGUUUCUGCCACGGCCACUUUGUGACCCCGCACCACCCGCCGCUACUCUUCGACCUGUCCAGGGACCCUCGGGAGAGAAACCCGCUGUCGCCGGCCACGGAGCCCCGCUUCCAGGAGAUCGUGGACGCCAUGCGGCGGGCUGCCGCGCGCCACGCUGAGACCCUGCAGGAGGUCCCCAACCAGCUGUCCCUGGGCAACGUCAUGUGGAAGCCGUGGCUGCAGAUGUGCUGCUCGGCCUCCGGGCUGUCUUGCCAGUGUGACCGGGAGACGGCGGCCCGGAGGGCGAGCCGCUAGGUGCCCGUCAAGGGGACGCGACAGUGGCCCGGCGCCCGCCCCGCCUCCUGCCUUGUGCACGCACACGGGGGUGGCCCAGCGGAGAGCCGGCCCUGUCGGCCUCACACCGGGAACCUCUCUCCAUCUCACCGCCCCACGGCUCCGUCGAGAGCCCCCUGGUGACCCCAGGGGGGCAUCAAAGUCUACGGUACCUGCAGGGAAACAUGCCGGAGCUGGGGCUUCAUGGCCAAAAUUCUGAGUCCUGUAAGCAUGGGAAGGUUAGGCAUGUAGGAAGGAGCCGAGGGAAUCACAUCGAUGCCUCUGCAAAUGCAGGACCCUUGGCAUAAGGGGCUGUGAUCCCUCAACGCUGUGAGGGGCAUGCUUCCCUUGGCCCGCUGCUAUAAAGGGGCAUCGCAUUUAAAAAAGCCGCAACAAAAUCUUAACACAUGGAACUUAGAAUGACUAAGGGGCCUUUUUCUUCGCCAGUAAUAGAUGCCGUGCAUGGCAGAUUGGCUUGGAAGGCCGUGGCCAUCAGUGUUAUGUAGAGCACAUAGUCGAAACUCUCUCUGAUCGUUGUACCUACAGACACAUAGUUUAUGUCUUUCUUCCGGAAGUCAGAGAUACUUAAACUAUAAAACUAGACGCUUCACGCUAUGUAGGGAAAAGGGAGAGAGGCUCCCAGAUGCACUUUCUUCACACAGCACACUUUUUUUUGGUAAAAUCCUUCAGAAACCAGAAUCUCCAAACGGUCUGUCCUGAGCGGAUGUCCGUGGCGUCCCUUAUAGUGUUAUAUCUGGGUUUUACUGUUCCUGUGGCGAAUGGACUGUGUUAGAGAAAGGCUACCUCGGGGACACGGUCGCACGAGGAACCCCUCCCGGUGCGGUGUGGAAUUACUGGCCUGGGAAGUGGACUGCUGGGCCGGGCGGACUCGUAAGCACUUCGUGACCCACGCACAAUAUCGGGAGAGCUUUAGUUCUUGCAGAAUGUGCUAAGACCGCAGGAGCUCGUCUCAGAGCCUUUGUUUGACGCUGGUGUGAUGUAAGAAACACGUGUGGCUUCUGUCUCCAGUGAGAUGUCCCGUUUUGUUCUAAUCCUGCUUCUUCGAACAUCAGCAGUGCAGGACAGGGCAUCGGCUGGCCACGGGCGGGGUGGGUGGGCACGGCUCCGUGGGUGGAAGGUCCUGAGUCUGCACCGCCAACCCCCACGGAGGAGAGUAGGCCCCUAAGUCUUAGACGCUCCUGGCCCUGGAUCAGACACCAGACCUCCUCCAACAGGAUCACGCGGGCCUUUCCGGUCCGUGGAGAGGAGCCAUACCUGUCGUGUUCCUCUCUGUAGUGCACGUGUUUGCUCCGUCCCGGGAGACGGCAGACAGCCGGAAACCUGGACCGCCGCCCCCGUGGCCGUGUGGACACUGCCUGUGCUCUUAGGCACACUGACCACGGGCCACAUGUCUCUCUACGUGUCCCGCACUCCAGGAGAACUCCCAAGAUCCGACAGUAUUCCCGCAGUCCCUCUUGAGGUCCGGGAUUUCACAUUUCGCACUUUUCUUUGGUUUCUCUUACAGUCGACAAGGGAUGUUGUUUGUCUCCCCUCCCCGGGAAGGGUUGAAACAUGUCGAGCAAACAGGUGUCUUGCUUUUCGUGGGGAUUUCGAACUCCAGAAAUUGCUGGGAUUCUGUCCCCUUGCUUGGCUGGUGUUACUUUGCCAAAACGAUUUAAAACCACUGUUACGGACUUGUGUUUUACGCUGAUGGUGUGUAUUUAAAGUUGAGCACCCUCGAGGCAAGUGGCCUUCUCGACAGCAUUUCCGGGGGUGGGGCUGUGUGUUCAGCAUUGAGUGAGAAGAUGCAGUUUUAUCGAUUCUGUGACUAUGUACGUAGGUAAAGAACUUGUCCCAUCUGUACAAUGUGACCAGCCAAUGAAGGACACAUAUACCUCUAGAACUAAAAUCAGCUUUAAAGUAUUUGCCUCAAGGGAUGCCCGGGCGGCUCUGUGGGCUCGGCGUCUGCCUUCAGCUCACGUCGUGAUCCCGGGGUCCUGGGUUCAAGCCUCACGACGGGGACCCUGCUC